AUGUCUGGACGAGGAAAAGGAGGCAAAGGUCUGGGAAAAGGAGGCGCCAAACGUCACCGAAAGGUGCUGCGCGAUAACAUCCAGGGUAUCACCAAACCCGCCAUCAGACGUCUGGCCCGCAGAGGAGGUGUGAAACGUAUCUCCGGUCUGAUCUACGAAGAGACCAGAGGUGUGCUGAAGGUAUUCCUCGAGAACGUGAUCCGAGACGCCGUCACUUACACCGAGCACGCAAAGAGGAAGACUGUCACCGCCAUGGAUGUGGUCUACGCUCUCAAACGCCAGGGACGCACUCUCUACGGCUUCGGCGGUUAA